CAACACCUGUCAGCAAUUUGACGCAGAACCUGGGACAAGAUGUCGCCCAACAUGUCGCUCUUCAGCGUCAACGCGAUCCUCGUCCUCUCUACCGACGACUCAUCCCGCAUCCUCGCCAAAUACUACAGUCCGCCUCACAUUCCCGCCAAUGCCGUGGGUAAUAACUAUCCAGGCGCACAGCCCUACCCGACACUCAAGGAUCAAAAAGCAUUCGAGAAGGGUCUUCUAGAAAAGACGAGCAAACAGACGAGCGAUGUCAUCCUCUACGACAACCGCGUCGUAGUCUUCAAGAACGAGGCCGACGUGAUGUUGUAUGUUGUGGGAGGCAGCGAGGAAAAUGAGAUUAUGCUGUACAAUGUUGUUCUCGCACUCAGAGACAGCUUGCAGGUCCUGUUGAAAGGCUCCGUGGACAAGCGGACAUUGAUCGAGAACUACGAUCUUGCAUCGCUUGCGAUUGACGAGAUCGUCGACGAUGGCAUCAUUUUGGAGACUGACCCAGUCAUCAUCGCCAGCCGAGUCAGCAGGCCUCCAGUGCAGGACAUUCCAAACAUGCAGGGGCUGGAUCUGUCGGAAGAAGGGUUGUUGAAGAUAUAUCAGUUUGGAAAACAAAAGCUGGGCGAGAGAUUACGGCAGGGACUCUAAAAUGGUGGUCUGUGGGACAUGUGUGGUUCUGAAGGGCAUAGCGAUGGAGUCUGGAGUUAUGGGCGAGGAUACAGUGAAGAGUUGGAAGGAGAACAGGAACCACACCCAAAGGCGUGAGAAAGUCGUGGGCCUGGUGUGUAUCGAUCUGGGGGGUGAAAUGAUGGCUGCACUUGACUUAGCUGCUGCUCUCACUCGACAGCGUGUGCUACCGCAGAAUUGGCUCACGACGAGUCCGAAAGGAAGAUAUGGCGCACGGCACGCCACGGGAGUCCACUCGCCUGCAACAUCACGUCAGAUAGUUGUGCGAGAGUCCAUCUGUUCCUCUGCUCCUGCGCCUCCAUUCGGCUUACUGAUCACGACACAAGGCAAGUUGGCUGUAACCCAAGACUAUCUGUCUGAUCAUACAGGUACUUGGAUCGCACUCGUAGAGUUGAUAUGUAUAGUUUCGAACUCGCGAUGAAGUCUG